AACAUUCUGAACAAACUGAACUCGUCGGGAAUUGAAGAUCUGGAUGAUAAUGACCUCAUGCUGGAUGAAGAUCCUUUUGACGACAGCUUACACGACUUGGAAAGAAUGUCUCACACUGAGCGACCCGAACGAGCCAAUCGGCAGGGGCAGCGUCGUAAACAACACCGCUGGACUGGUCCAGAUCACUUUCACAGCGAUGGCAGGGUCCAUGUCUUCCAAAAUUAUGAUGGCUUCAAGGGUUCAAAAGCCUCUUCACGGUUUGUCCAGACUGAAGGCAGGCAGCGCGGCAACACACCAAUGCUGGAUGGAGUCACACUCGAACACAUGACCCAGGACUGCAGCUUGCUCAAGAAUCACCUGCUCAGGCUCAAAACGUUACUAGAGCUCGAGGAAACAGACUCUCCAACAGAUGUUUCUGAGCAGUCUGAAGACGAUACCACUGUGUUACAGAUGGAGAAGCUGAUUAAGGAAGUGGAGGGACUCCGAGAGGAGCUGAAGAGUCGAGACAAGACUAUUGCUCAGCUCACAUUACAGUGUCAACAGCUACAACAACAACAUCCGCAGGAACAACUACCAGGUCCAGGACGCCAGGCCAGGUGUCAGUGCCACCACCAGAGGGCUCCCGCUUUGCUACGACAGAGUGACAGGCCAAUAGACAAACGUAUGCAUCACUACGAUAAAGCUACUCAGACAUACUGGAGACCACCGAGCCAUUCUGGUGCACUUCCCACACCCUUUCUGUCUCCUUGGCAGGCGCAGCACCAGGGUUUGACCCGUACCAGCAUGCCCCAGCGCAGACACACCUCAAAUACUACAGCCUUUCAACCCCUACCUCAGCGAGCACCCCCACCAGGAAAGACUAAUAAAAACUCCCCCCACAGAGGGCCACAGUGACUACAUCAGAGAAAGCAACUUGUUCA